AUGCAUCUUCCUACUGUGAAACUUAAGUCAGCCAAUUGCAAUGAGCAAACAGGUACAAAGACACAGCAGGUAUGUGGUAACAGCAAUGAGCAGACACAGCAGGCAUGUGGUAACAGCAAUGAGCAAACAGGUACACAGACACAGCAGGCAUGUGGUAACAGCAAUGAGCAAACAGGCACAAAGACACAGCAGGUAUGUGACAACAGCAAUGAGCAAACAGAUACAAAGACACAGCAGGUCUAUGGUAACAGCAAUGAGCAAACAGGUACACAGACAGAGCAGGUCUAUGGUAACAGCAAUGAGCAAACAGGUACACAGACAGAGCAGGUCUGUGGCAAGAGCAAUGAGCAAACAGGCAUACAGACAGAGCAGGUGUGUGGUAACAGUAAUGAGCAAACAGAUACAAGUAUCUUGAAACAUCAUAGUGACCAAACAGGCACACAGACACAGCAGGUAUGUGAUAACAGCACUGUGAAUACACAUACAUGGACACAGCAGGUAUGUGCCAACAGCAGUGUGAAUACAGGUACACAGACAAAGCAGGUAUGUGCCAACAGCAGUGUGAAUACAGGUACACAGACACAGCAGGUAUGUGCCAACAGCAAUGAGAAUACAGGUACACAGACACAGCAGGUAUGUGCCAACAGCAAUGAGAAUACAGGUACACAGACACAACAGGUAUAUGCCAACAGCAACGCAAAUACAGGUACGCAGACACAACAGGUAUGUGCCAACAGCAAUGCAAAUACAGGUAUGCAGACAAAGCAGGUAUGUGCCAACAGCAAUGUGAAUACAGGUACACAGACACAGCAGGUAUGUGCCAACAGCAAUGUGAAUACAGGUACACAGACACAGCAGGUAUGUGCCAACAGCAAUGAGAAUACAGGUACACAGACACAGCAGGUAUGUGCCAACAGCAAUGAGAAUACAGGUACACAGACACAGCAGGUAUGUGCCAACAGCAAUGAGAAUACAGGUACACAGACACAGCAGGUAUGUGCCAACAGCAAUGAGAAUACAGGUACACAGACACAGCAGGUAUGUGCCAACAGCAAUGAGAAUACAGGUACACAGACACAGCAGGUAUGUGCCAACAGCAAUGAGAAUACAGGUACACAGACACAGCAGGUAUGUGCCAACAGCAAUGAGAAUACAGGUACACAGACACAGCAGGUAUGUGCCAACAGCAAUGAGAAUACAGGUACACAGACACAGCAGGUAUGUGCCAACAGCAAUGAGAAUACAGGUACACAGACACAGCAGGUAUGUGCCAACAGCAAUGAGAAUACAGGUACACAGACACAACAGGUAUGUGCCAACAGCAAUGAGAAUACAGGUACACAGACACAACAGGUAUGUGCCAACAGCAAUGAGAAUACAGGUACACAGACACAGCAGGUAUGUGCCAACAGCAAUGAGAAUACAGGUACACAGACACAACAGGUAUGUGCCAACAGCAAUGAGAAUACAGGUACACAGACACAACAGGUAUGUGCCAACAGCAAUGAGAAUACAGGUACACAGACACAACAGGUAUGUGCUAACAGCAAUGUGAAUACAAGUACACAGACACAGCAGGUAUGUGCCAACAGCAAUGUGAAUACAGGUACACAGACACAGCAGGUAUGUGCCAACAGCAAUGAGAAUACAGGUACACAGACACAGCAGGUAUGUGCCAACAGCAAUGAGAAUACAGGUACACAGACACAACAGGUAUGUGCCAACAGCAAUUAG